CAAUGCUUCUGUGCCGUUGGCGUCAUCACCAACCUUCUCAGCAUCGCGGUCUUCCUCCGUCAAGGAGUGAGAGACACAGUCAACAUUAGUCUACUCGGACUGUCCAUUUCUGACCUGUUUUCUCUCAUCACAGUGGCGUGGCUCAAUAUUAGCCAAACGCCCCUGUUCGCAUCCCAAAAACUUCCUUUUAUCCCCCUGGAAGUGGCGUAUCUGACGGGAGGAUGGCCCCAUGUCUUCUUCACUCGCAUCACGACAUGGAUCACCGUUUACAUCACACUGGAGAAGUGCUGCUGUAUCGUGGCACCCAUGAAGGUGAAGGCCGUGUUCACACCGAGACGCACAGUGAUCUACAACAUACUUGUGUACGUGGUCAUCUUAGCCAGUAUUGCUCCCAUUUACUACACUGCUCGGCUUUCUGAAAAGUUUGUCCCUGAAAGAAACGAAACGCUUUUAGGAAUCAUAUUUAUUAGUGGCAGAGAUGACAUCGAGGCCGUCUCAUUUCACAUCAACAACAUUCUUCCUCUCACAGGAUUCGCAGUUAUAAUCAUUGGGACCGCCAUCUUAGCAUCGCGACUCAAACAGAUUUCAAAAUGGCGCCUGACAGCCGCGUCGAAUGCGAGGUCAGACGAGAUGCAAAACAGAGACACAAAAAUUGUCAAAAUGGUGGUGUUUAUUUCUGCUAAUUUUAUCGUCUGCUAUCUGCCUGGGACUGUUGUGUUUAUUUGGAUGAUGUUGGACCCAGGUCUACGAAUCGACGGGCGUCACUCUGAUCUUUUUCAGGCCGCCUUCGCCACAUUGUUUCUGCUGGAGGCUCUCAACGCCUCAGUCAAUAUUUUUGUGUAUGUGGGGAUGAGUUCAAAGUUCAGGAAAACCCUUGUUUCAAUGACGUGCUUUCAAAAUAAUGGUGCAAAC